AUGUGGGUGUAUGAACACUGUGAUAAAAGCCAUUGCUAUCAGAAACAUUUCAGGGAAAAUUUACUGCUGAUAGCAGUGAGUCUGACUACUCACCAGUACUUUGAAGCUCUUCUGGCUGAGAUGGAAGGAAACAAGAACAAGGAUGAGCCAGUGCAGGAAAAGGUCUCUUCUACUGAAAAAGAUGCUGGGACUAGAGGAGGAAAGGAGGAGGAGGAAGAAGAAAACAGUAAGAAACUGCAGGAAGCGUCUCAGAACCCCCCACCAUCUUCUUCAACUUCCCAUUUGCUCACGUCCUCAUUCCAGACCCCAAAGAAGGUCGUUGAGCCUCGGUCCCCAUCGACUAGUGUAGUUCCUGAGGCAACGCCCCAGGCGACCUCCAGUCAAGCUACACCCCCUCACGGCAGUUCCAGGGAUAGUCCUGACCAGAUGCCAAGGGCCUCUUUGCCGAAAACUCCUUUGUCACGACCUUUAGAGGGCAUCACCACGACUCCAGUAACAUCCUGGAAAAAGUUGCAACUUUGUGAAUCUCCACGUACCCCUAAGCACGUACCAGAUGUCUUCACAUUUCAGGUCAACGUGAAUCCCUUCACCCCAGAAUCCUACAGGAGGAUGAUCUCUCAAUCCAAAGGCAAGAGGAAAAUAAAAGGAGAGCCUGAGGAAUCUGACUUCUCUGAAGAUAAGGGAGAGCAAGGGCUGCCUGCCAAGAAAUGUGUCAUAAGAGAAAGCAAUAUGGUUUCCCGAUAUGAAAAAGAAUUCCUGGAGGUAGAAAAAAUUGGGGUAGGAGCAUUUGGCACCGUCUACAAGUGUAUCAAGAGGCUGGAUGGAUGCGUUUAUGCUAUUAAACGCUCAACAAGACGGCUAGGAGUAUCCUUAAAUGAACCCUUAGCUUUGCGAGAAGUUUAUGCACAUGCAGUGCUUGGACAGCAUCCUCAUGUCGUCCGUUACUAUUCUGCAUGGUCAGAGGAUGACCACAUGAUCAUUCAGAAUGAGUACUGCAAUGGUGGGAGCUUGCAGGCUGCUGUGUCUGAGAAUGAAAAACUUGGCACUUUCUUUCAAGAAGCAGAACUCAAGAAUAUGCUCCUGCAAAUCUCCAUGGGGUUGAAGUAUAUCCAUCACUUGGGCCUGGUGCACCUGGACAUCAAGCCCAGUAAUAUCUUCAUCUGUAAAAAGCAAGGAGCUGACUCCGUGUCCAUCUCAGAAGGAGAGAAUGAAGAUGAUUGGUUCCUCUCUGCUAACAUGAUGUAUAAAAUUGGUGAUCUGGGCCUUGUGACUUCAAUCAAGAACCCCCAAGUAGAGGAGGGAGAUAGUCGCUUCUUGGCCAAUGAGAUUUUACAAGAGGAUUAUCGACAGCUGCCCAAAGCAGACAUAUUUGCCCUUGGAUUGACAAUUGCUGUGGCUGCAGGGGCAAAGUCCUUACCAAGUAAUGAUGAGCCUUGGCAUCACAUCCGUCAAGGCAACCUUCCAGAUAUCCCACAGAAGCUCUCUGAAGACUUUUACAACUUGCUUAAGGUUAUGAUCCAUCCUAAACCAGAGGAGAGACCAACAGCAGCAGCUUUGUCUAGGAACACAGUCCUCAGACCCUCUUCGAGUAUAACUGCAGAGCUUCUGAGGGAGCUAGACAGAGAAAAGUCUAAGACAGCUGAGUUGGAGAGAGAACUGAAAGAAGCUCAUCUUGCACAGAAACAACAACAAGAUACCAUUCAUCACUCUCCUGGAUCCCUUGGGUUCAUUGCCAAAAAUGGGUCAAGUAGCUCCAGGAUAUUGGUGGGAAGGAAAACCAAAAGGUCACGCAGUUUCACUUUUGGAAAAUCUGAGUAA